GUAUUAGCACCUUCCUUAUAGAUUCCCCACCCCCAUAGUUCAGUGUGUGUAGGGAGAUGGCCCAGAUUCUAACUGCCAUGAAGUGACUCUCAGCGGCCCCAGCCUUGUGUGGCACCAGGUGUCUGCAUACUUCUGGCUCAGCAAUGACAUCCACUCUUCAGGAAUUCAUCCACUCUCUGAAUCCCAGAACCCUCCCAAGAGUCCUUCAGAUCCAAUCAGGCAUCUAUUUCCAAGGUUCUGUUUAUGAAAUGUUUGGAAAUGAAUGCUCUCUAUCAACCGGAGAAGUGAUUAAAGUAAACAGUUUCAAAAUAAAGAAGGUCAUGGCUAACACUUGCAAGGAAAACGAAGAUGGUCAAUGUUCUCCUAAAUUUGAAUUGCCUCUAAAUUUUCCAGGUCUUUUCAAGAUUAUGACUGAUAGAAUACCAUAUCAUACCAUGGAUGACAUUACAAGAGCAGUUUAUAUUGGUCCAAACCGGCUAAGUCACCCUUGCUUCUACCAUCAGAAGGAUAUAAACUUGGGGAAUCUCACCAUCAGCCCUGGUGAACCCAUCAUGCUCAAUUCCAUUGAAGAGAUCAAUGGGGAAAUGAUGGUGAACUGUGGAGUGGUAAGGGACAAUCAGAAUCAUUCAUUUACCAUUCCCUUGUCACAAGAAGGAGAGUUCUAUGAGUGUGAAGAUGAACAUAUGUACACCCUAAAAGAGAUUGCAGAGUGGAAGAUUCCCAAGAGCAGGAAACGGAUUGUGAAAUUUACAGAUAUUUCCAAUAAGUGGAACUCUGUUUAUCCACUACCUAAGGAUUUUGAUGGCUUGCUUAGUCUCACACCCAUCUAUGAAAUACAGGCAGUGAUGAAAUUCCGAAAGGAUAUAGUUCGCAUCCUCUCUGAUCUUGAUGUGGAAGUUAAAGACAUAACUGACUGUUACGAUGCUAAGUGUUUCCUUCAGCUCCUAUCCACUGAAGAUCUUUUUGAAAAGACUAGUAAGGAAUUCCCUAUGGCAGUUGAAGUGAUAGAAGGACCUCAAGGGAAUCCAUUGGCCAGUGGCUUAUUGCAACCUGGGAAAACCAUUGUCAUCCACAAAAAGUACCAGGCAUCAAGGAUCUUAGCUUCAGAGAUUAGAAGUGAUUCCCCCAAAAGGCAUUUCUUGAUUCCAACUAGCUAUAAAGGCAAAUUCAAGCGGAGACCUCGGGAAUUCCCUACUGCCUAUGACCUGGAGAUAGUGAAGAGUGAUAAUGAGCAACUUCAUGUGGUAGCCACGAAAGGCUUUGAUUCCCCUUAUGAGGAGCUGUCGUCUGUGUCUGUGGGGGACCAGUUUUUAGUUCAGUGCUCACAGACCAGUGAAGUUCUGUGUAAGGGGAUCAAAAAGGAGGUGGGUGUUCUGGCUUGUGAAAAAAUCCUCAAAAAGGCCUAUGAGCCUGUUCUUUUACCUCUGUACAUGGAAGGCGGCUUCAUAGAAGUGAUUCAUGACAAGAAGCAGUACCAACUUUCUAAGUUGUGUACUCAGUUUCGCUUGCCUUUCAACGUCAAGGUCUCUGUGAGGGACCUUUCUAUUGAAGAUGACAUUUUGGCUGCCACACCUGGCCUGCAGCUGGAGGAAGAGAUCACAGAUUCUUAUCUGCUCAUCAGUGACCUCACUAACCCCAGUGAGAGCUGGGAGAUCCCUGUUAGCCGUUUGGGCAUGUCUGUCCAAUUGGUUAGCAGUACAGUUGAUGUCAUUGAUUCAUUUCCAGUUCGAGCCAUCGUAGAAGAGAUCAGUGAAGAACAGUAUUACAUGAUGAGGAGGUAUGAAAACCUAGCCUUACACCCACCACCUCGGCCCCCCAAAAAACCCUCCACAAUGGAAAAGAAACCAGAUUUUCUUGUUCCUCCCAAGAUAAAUAUCAUGGAUCCACCAAAGUCUCCAAAGAGUCUCCAUGUAGAAACAGCCAAGAACCUGCACUCACAGCAAGCAACUGCCGCCUUGAAAUUACCAGUUAGUUGUCAAAUUGAUUUGACCCAUCCGGAGACAGAGCAGGAUGUGAUCAGGACAACUGCAUUAGCAGAAACCAGAGUGAUGAGAGCCUCAGCAAAAACUGUGCUCAUAAAAGAUGAUCUGGAAAGGAAGUUAAAGGAUGAGCAUGAUCAUAAACACAUCAGUGAAAAUUUAGUUGAGAAUGUAAAGCAAAAAUUACAAGAAAGGACCUUCCACAGUAAAACCCACUCUUGAAGAAGGAAUCUUCCAAAAUGACUAACACCUGCAAUAAUGAGAAAUAACUGAAACCACUUGAAAAUUGAAUGGAAAUAUUACCUGAAAAAAGAUGCUUUAUAUUUGUCUUCUGAGAAUCAUCUAAUGCUCAAAUCAACUGUCAUUACAAUCAUCCCCCAGAGUAACUUGACUGACAUACAUAGAAUAUUAAAAACUCAGGAGAGAUAACGAGUUUGACCUUAUGACUUUAAAAGAAAAACCUGUGGCCAGAAAUUAAUAUCCUCUCCCUUUAAAAGUUUCAUCGUAAUUUAGGGACUAAUUUGUGAAAUUUACACAUACAUUUCUUCCCUUGUGUAUUUUAUGUAUAAUUCUACGAGUAAAUUUAUAUUGUCCAAUUUUCUAGAACCUCAUAAAAUCACCCUGAAAUGGAACAUAAUCAGGCACAAAUCCCUUAAAAGCCUUCAUCCUAAAUUUCUUAAUUGUUAAAAAAUUCCUUUUGCUAUUUCUCCAGUUUUCUGUUUAUUUUUGUUAAAUGGGAAAAAAUAGAGUUUAUAACUUUUACAAAGCAUGAUUAUAUGUGGGAGAGGUCUGAAAUUUUCAGCAAUUCUAUUUUCAAACUUUGUAAUUGAAGGAAUGGAUUUGGUUUCAGGUUUUUACCUUUCUUUGAUAAUUCACAAUAAACAGUGUUAGGAUUACUCGCUAAAACUUUUCUACGUCAUAGGCAUUCCCUAGGCUCAGAUCCAAGGAUGUGACCAACAUCAGCUAAUGAACUUAGCUACAGUUUAGCUGUAUUUUCUUUCUUCUAAUUAUCCUAAGUUAAAACCAUCAAACUAGAUAUUUCCUUCAGAUGAGCAUGUAUUGAGUCCCAUAGGAAAUCCAUUUCAUUGCCAGUAACAUUUGAUAUUUUAAGAAAUCUUUGUAGUUAUCACCAAAGCUAGUUUCUUAUUGUAAGUCAUAUUGAUCCUCAUUUUUAAUUUAUAAUACCCUUACAUUUGUGUAGCACUUUAAAAUGUUUUUACAUCAAUGAUUUCAAUUGAUCUUUCUUAACAACUACAUGAGAUAGGUGUUUUUAUCUCCAUGUUAUAAAUGAGUCAGCUGAGGCACAGAGAAUUUUUGUAAAGAGUAAUGGGAAAAGCACUGGGCUUAUAAUUAGAAGGACUAGGUUCAAAGCCUAGAUCUGACUUUUUCUAGUUAUGUGCCUUGCCAUUUAAUUCUCUGAUCCUCAGUUUCCUCCUCUGUAAAAUGGGGGUGAUAGCAAUUGCACUACUGUUUGUUUGCUGUGACAAUAAUGCUUUAACUUUAAAGCGCUAUAUAAAUGUUAAUUGUAAUUAUUAUUACUUUUAGUCACAUACUUAAUGGCAUACAACCAUUUUGUGGAAGAUACACAAUUAUAAUUGAGACCUUCUGACUCUAUCAUCUUCCCAUCAUACUAUAUAAUAACUGCUUGACCACCAACCUACUAUAUCAUAAUUAUGUAUUCUGUGUGUAAUCAUUCAUAAAUUAAUCACCAAAGAGGGUUCAAAAUACCCCAAAACAUUUCUCCUUAUACAAAGGAUAUUCCUUCCUAAUAAUAUUAUUUAAAUUUGUUCCAUUUCUGUCAUACUCUGAUGUAUUUUCUUCUUCCUUCCU